AUGUCUUGCUUGGAUGCACCCUCCGGAAGCUGUUGCAGCUUUGACAUCAGGAUGCUCCCGUGCCUGGAUGAGCUUGCCCGCGAUCUAGGCCGGCCCGAGCCGAGCAAGCAGAAGCAGAGCUCAAAGGGCUCGGAGACCAACAAGUCAGCCGGGUCGAAGCAGACCUGGUGCAAGUGGCACGGACAAUGGUGGUAUUGGGCUGGGGGCUGGAACAAGUGGGUGGGUGGCGUUCUUGCCCGAGACGGUGACGAGCGGCCGUUUGCUGGGGAUGUCUCGAACAGCAUCUACUUUCGCUUCAAGCUGGGCUCAACGCUGCUGUCAGGAAGCCUCCUAGCUGCUUUGACGGUCCAGCUGCCAGCAGGCUACAUUGUCAGAAGUGCCAAUGUCGCGCCCAGCGACUUGCUGACGCUCUCCUCACGCCGUCUGUCGGGGACGUGUACCUUCACCAUGGAUAGCCAUGCCGCUAUCUACAGUGGCUACCUGGUGGUGCCUUGCUCAGGUAUGCUGUAA